GGGCCCGCCUCACCCGGUGCCCACACGGCCGCGGGGCUGCGCCCGCCUUUGUCUGCCUCCUUUGUCUGCCCCGCGCCCUGGCGGCGGCGCCAAAGCCUCCGGGGAGCGGGCGGCGAGCGGCGAGCGCAGCUGGCUGGAGCGCGGCGCCCGCAGAGCACCAGGCUCUGCCCGGCCGGGGGUGGGGGUGGCCCUCGGCGGGGGGUCGCGGAGCCCCGCGGCCCCUCCUACGUCCCCUCCCAGCGCGCCGUCCCCGCCCCUCGCGCUCCCCUCCCUCCCUCCCUCCCACCCUCGCAGCCCCGCGCAGCCUCCCGCCGCCCGAGCACCUCUCGGCACCGUCCCGCUCCGCCCUCGGCUGCGCUCGGCUCCCGCAGGCGCUCGGCCCUGCGCCCUCGGUCCCCUCCCUGCCCGCCCGACAGGGAGAGCCAAUGGCAGGGUGCUCGGUCCCCAAGUUCCCCAUGCUGGUCCUGUUCCUCCUGCUAUUUCCGGAGCUCCACGUGGCGGGCACCCUUGCAUCUGGACCCUCUGCCCGGAACCUGCCCGAACCUCAACCUCACCUCCCCAGCUCUGCCCGGUGGGUGCCUCAUAUCCGACGGGGCCUGGGUAGGAAGGACAGGGGCUCAGGCAUGCCCGGCCGGGCCCAGGAGGGGUCUGUGGUCACCACCCCCAGGCAGGCUUCCCGGAUGACACUUGGACAGCACCCUGCCGGCCUUCUUCAGGACAAGGAGCAGCUUCUGGGGCUGGCAUUGCCCUACCCAGAGAAGGAGCCCCGACCUCCCGGGUGGGAGAGGGCGAAGAAACGUGGCAGAGAACACAAGAGACGCAGGGACCGGCUGCGGCCGCACCGAGGCCGAGCCGCCAUUCGAGGCCCCAGCUCCCUGAUGAAGAAGGCGGACCGCUCUGAAGACCUGAUGCUGGAGGCUGUCACCGAGGAGUCUUCCACCAGCCUGGCCCCCAGCAUGCUCUUCCUAACCACGGUGGAUGCUGUCAGUCCUAGCACGGAAGAGUCCCGGAUCCUGCCUGUCACCUCCCCAUGGCCCCAGAUACAGCCCAGGUCUGAUGGAGAAGUGAUGCCCACGCUAGACAUGGCCUUAUUUGACUGGACAGAUUAUGAGGACCUAAAGCCAGAGGUCUGGCCCUCUGCAAAGAAGAAAGAGAAACACUGGAGUCACUUUACCAGUGACGGCAAUGAGACCUCACCAGCUGAGGGGGAACCAUGUGAUCAUCACCAGGAUUGCCUGCCAGGAACUUGCUGUGACCUCCGGGAACAUGUCUGCACGCCCCACAACCGCGGCCUCAACAACAAAUGUUUUGAUGACUGUAUGUGCAUGGAAGGGCUGCGUUGCUAUGCCAAAUUCCACCGAAACCGCAGGGUCACUCGGAGGAAGGGUCGCUGUGUGGAACCUGAGACAGCCAACGGGGACCAGGGAUCCUUCAUCAACGUCUAGCGCCCACGUCAUGCCUCCCCACCGGCCCGGGGUCUGAGCCAGGGAGGUGUGGACAAACAGGACCUUGUUAGUAACAGCUCGGCUUGGGGCUGAGGAGGGGAACCGAUGGCUGUUGCAGGAGCUGGCCCAGUACGCUUGCCCCCAAGCGGGAGGGCGGCUCGGCUGAGAGCCGCUGUGCACCGCGCCCGCCACCCACUGCCCACCGCUGGCCGCGCUGAGACCCACACAGCUCGCGGAUCCUGCUCUACGCGGUGGCAGUGGCGAGCGCGCCCUCUUCCGCUCGACACCAGCAUUGUAGCAUUUGGGAAAAGGGAGGUUUCCGGUCCCUGAAAGGAUUGGGAAGACAGGGGACACCUGAUUGGAGUGGAUCUGGAAUGCUGUCACGGGCAAAGCACCUGUGCUUUUUUCCUGAAUUUCCACAGAGACCGUGGUAAAAGAGCACUGAAGCACACCUGAUUUGCAUGACGUGUGCAGGGUCGCACAGCAGCCACGAUCCAGUUUGGGCGGCAGAGAAACUUGACUGACCUCAGCCUUUCCCAGCAAAGGUUUAUCGUCUUCUUGAGAGACAGAGUCUCGCUCUUUGGCCAGGCCAGGAACCCCGACAAUCCUCCUGCCUCAGUCCUCCAAAUACUGGGAUUAUAGGCGUGGGUCAGCAUAUUUGGCAGGUCCUUUAGAAAGGAAACAUUAGGGCUUGGAUGUGGCUAGGUUUGUAACGUGCUUGCCUUGAGUUGGUGAACCCUGCCCGGGCUGCCACCUCCAAGCAUGGUGUCCAAGGCAGGCAGAGGCAGGAGGAUCAGAAGCUAAAAGUCAUCUCUGGCUGCAUAGCAAGUGGAGGCCAGGCUACAGGAGACUCAAGCAAAACAAAAUAAGCCAGUUGCCUAGGCUGCACAGGCCCUGGCUCUGAUCCCCACUCUGUCUCCUCCAUCCCCUUAGCCCCUACACAGGGCACCUGCCUUCAGGUGAAGAACGGCCCCGUGGAUGGAUCCUUCCAUCUGACGGGUGCCGAUCACAGUCAUGAAGGGACUGGGGAAGCAGUAGCUUCCUCUCUUGGACCCCUGGCCCUGACCAUCCAGCCCGGGGACACUGGGGUAUGCCCUGAUAAGCUGUCCUCAGACUUUCUACCCCCUGGAAAGGCAUGCCCAUACGCUACCACGUGCCCCCCUGACGUACUGUUUAGUGAUUCCCAAGCUCCCUGAGGCCAUCUUGGGACUCCAUCCCUCCGUGUCAGCAGCAAUGCCCUUGGAAAGUGGGGCCACCUCAGACUGGGGCACAGUGUGAAGCACCCCCACAGGCUGGAACCCUGACGACAACCCCACCAUUACCAUCACCGCCCAGAACAUGUGUCAGCAGAUCUGGCCCGAGGAGCUUUCGCAGGCUCCUUUAGAUCCCUGCACCUGGCAUCCCGACCUCCUGGUUAACUUUUGCGAAGGACAAAAGCCUCCCCUGCCCAAGCCCUCCUCAGCCUGGACCACAUCCGUGGGAUGUCAGGGCUGUUUACUGCUCUGGGGUAACCAGUCUGGUCCAGGGGUCAGGCACCAAGGAAAGCAGGCAGAUCUAGAAGAAAUCAAAUAUGCUUGUUCUUCUUUCCCAAGCUGGGUCUGAUAGGCCUGGGAAGGAAAGGGGGCAGGGGCAGGGCCAGGAGCCGGCAGGAUCAAAGUAGCAGUGGGAAAGCAAGUCCUAAUACAGGUUGAUUUUCCUUUUUGUAGUACCAGGACCUUGCACGUUCCAGGCAAGCACUCUGCUGCUGAGCUACAUGCUGACUGGUCCAGGCUUCAUCUCCAGAUCUCCCCAGGGGGGCUGCCAUGGCAGCCAGGGCUGAGAACCCUGCUCCCCUGUCCUCCCAACUGCUGUAAACAGCCUGCUUCUCCUCUCACGUUUUGCUGACCUUAGGGAAGUUACUUAAGGUCUCUGUGCCUUGACUUUUCAUCUGCGAAAUGCAAAUGCCUGAUUCUUAGUAGGUGUUUAAAACAGUGCCUGGCCCAUAACACACACGCACACACACCUAGAGUGCCAGUUAAUCAAUUUCAGCAGUCCAGUCCUUCUCUUCCACAGUGAUCCAACACUUACUCAAAAAAAAAAAAAAAAAAAAAAAUGGUGCCUCACUAUAAAGCCUUAGCUGGCCUGAAACUCAUGCUGUAGACUGGCUUGGCCUGGAACUCACAGAGCUCUGCCUGCCUCUGCUGGAACUGAAGGGUUGCCACACCACACCCAGUUCAGGAUGCUUUCUUUGGUUGCUCCAAAGGGAACUUCACCAAUGCCAGCACUCGGGAGGCAGAAGCAGGUGAAUCUCUGUGAGGUUGAGACCAGUCUGGUGUACAUAGAGAGUUCCAGGGCAGCCAGGACUACGUAGAGAGACCCCAUCUCAACAAAUAAAUAGCAACAACAACAAAAAACAAAGUGCACUCCACAAGACAAUUCAUGGCGCUGGGGAAGCAUCCAGAUUCCCACGCUGAAGCAGAGCUAGAAGAGCUGGUGGCUGGGCAACAGGUUUGUGAGGGUAAAGGUGGCCCGGGGUGGAGGGCUGAGUGGGGAGGGGCAAGAGGAGGCUAAUAGCUGCCCAGACAGACACCUGAGCGGAAGCCUCAAGGACACUCUGACAAAUACCCACUGUCUCCAGACAGGGACUAUUUUUUCUGGGUGUUUGUCUGGUGAUAGGAAAGGUUGUUCUGUUCCCAUGGCUGGUGCAAAAGGGCUGAGGGUCCAAUGACCUGAGAUGCAAACUUCAAAGGAAACCUUCAAAGGCCCUUGCCUGCCCUUUGAGAAAUUCAAAUUCCAAAAGCACACCUGUUCUGCUGCAGGCUGGCAAGACCUUCCCCAAGCCUCCUUCAGCCGCUCCCAGGCUCCCUCUGCAGCUGCCGACAAUGAACAUCUAAGUCACCUACAAGGGGUCUAGAAACUAAGGAACCAGGAGCCCUGGGUGCCAGGAAAGAGGUUCUGAGAGGCCAACAGCUGAAGGCUCCUCUUCGAGGGUUCUUGGGGCUGGACUAGAUUAACCUUCCAUUACAGCCUUCACGCUCACAGACCAUAGUGAGUGUGUGUUUACAGGCCACAGUGAUUGUGUGCACACAGAAAAGGGGUGGUCAGGGUGAGCCGGAUGCGUGCAGAACAAGAGCUUUAUACUGCCAGGAGUGAGGUUUCCAAAUCCCAAGGAAGAGCAGGAUCUGGGACAGAUCCAUGGUCAAGCUCUUCUGGUUGCUGAGGCCCAGCAAUCGCCUGGGAGUCUGGCGAAGCACAGCUUCCUUCCGCCAUCCCCGGGCUCCUUCUGUGGCUGCCGACAAGGAGCUUCUAUAUGAGCUGCAAUAAGCAUGUUUAGUAAGUAAGGAACCAGAAAGGAGUCUUGGGUGCCAGGAAAGUGGGCCCCACUCCACACCUACUGAACCACAGCACAGGAGUGCCCCCACCCCUGGCAUCUGGCUUCUAACACAGUCUCCAUUCUCUUGGGUGUGGUGGGUAUCACAGGUCCAGGAUACAGACGGAAGAUGGAUGCUUUUGGGGGUGGAGAGACACUUGCACAAUCCCGCCUUCCUGCAUUCACUAUGGCUUGAUGAUUCUGAAGUCUGCUUCCCAGCAACUUACCAACAAGGACAAACUCUAUGAUCCAAGGCCUGCCCUCUGGGCUGUCAUCAGGCUCUGCUUGGAGGACCCCAGGUAGGGCUCCUAGGCCUGGAGCCUCCAUUGUUGAACUUUGGGAUUCUUGGAAAAUUCCUGGGAGCACUGUAGCUCCUCCUCGAAAUGUGGGAGCAGCAAGGGAGGGGUGCUGUGCCUUGGUUUAUGAUGCCAUGUUGCAUGUAUUCUCCAAGCUGUAAAUAAAGAGGGGACAGUUGCUAA